AUUAACCCACGCUAAUAUUAGAAUUAGGCUCCCUCUUACUCUCCGUUCCCUCUCCCAUUCUCACUUCCCUGCUUCCUCUUCCCUCCGUUAACCUCCGCUCCAAAAACUCUCAAAACCCCUCGCCACCGCCCAUUUGGUGGUGCUUUUCCGAUCAUCUACACAAAAACCGCACAACCCCCUGAAAAAUGGCGGCCACUGCUGCCUCAGAAGUGACAGAUGGACCUGUCCUCGGCUUUAUUAACAAACGCCUCCGUGCUCUUCGUAAGAAGUACAACCGAAUCCUCCAGAUGGAAGAGUCCAUCUCCCAAGGCAAGCCCAUCAACAAAGAACAAGAGGACGUUCUCCGUUCUAAACCAUCCGUUUCCGCCGCAAUUGAAGAGCUCGAGAAACUCCGCCAGCCUCUCGCUACUGCCGUCUCUGAAGAAAUUGCCCUUGCCAUCCAACGCCACCAGCAACAAUCUUCCAUUUCCGAUAAUGCAAUUGCUGAUAAGGAUGAUAUCGGGAAAACCAAUUGCGAUUCCGAUGAAGAAACUCCCAGCGACGGUGGUUCCGUGGUCGAAGAUCUGUUGAAUUUGUUGUACUUCGGGUCGAUGUUUGAUGAGAAGUCGCAGAAUGACUUCACCGCUACCAUGUUGACUCGGACGCACGAGAGGGGUUGCUGCUUGACUUACGAUUAUGUGACUGAUGAUGCUACGGAUCUGCUUGGAGAAAGGGAUUUGGACAUGAUUUCAAAGCUUGGCGGGUUGUUGAUUUCGCGCCCUGUUGAUUCCAGCUUAUCUCAUAAGAAUGCGUUGCAGCGUUGUAUCGAGCACGCCAAGUUGUGGCUUGCUAAUUCCGACCGGCCAAUUGAGCCCAAUGCUAACGCUUCUUAUGCACAACUGAGGGAGAGGCUGAACAAGAUUAUGGCUUCUGAUUACUUCACGACCACACCGGAGAUGAAAGCUCCAGUGGAAGUGGCUGCGGCUGCUGCUGCUGGAAAUUAUGCGUCUUUCCAGGUUCCUGUUCAUAGAGUUCCUAUGUCGGUGCCAGUCCAAGUGCAAGGCACUGUUGAGCAGGAAGAGGCCAAGGAUGAAGAUACAGAAAAUUUACUAGGGCAUGAAACUGGUGAUAAUGUGUCCAGCCCUGCUGAGGAACUUCAAAAGGAUGAACUAGAGACUGAAAUUCUGGCAGAAGUUGUCUCUGAUGAACAGGAACAAGCUAGACCAUCAGAAGUGGAUCAUGAUCAAAAAGAGGUUGACCUCAAAGAGCAACAAUAUGUUGCUCGAAGGAACUACCAAAACCACAGAGGCGGUCGUGGUGGGGGCCGCAGAGGUUAUUCAAAUGGCCGUGGCGGUUGGAGUGGUGGUAGAGGAGGUGGAGGCUAUCAAAAUGGUCGCAGCCAAUAUUAUGACCAGUCUGGACACUAUUAUCCAAGGAAUUACUAUAGCAAUCGAGGAAGGGAUGGCAGAGGUGGUGGACACCCUUAUAAAAAUCAUGGUUCAGCAAUUCAGGGUGGUCAUGGCCCAGCUGGUGUUGGGGUGCCCUCAUAGCAUCAUUACGUAUUGGGUGUUCAUCGGGUGUCAUUUUAGCUAGUUUUGUAGGUGGGUGGUGAAAAUGUUCUUUUUCUGCUUUUUUGCAUGAAAAAACUUGUUAUGAAUGUUUUUAACUGUUGACGAAUGCACCAUCCUAGACACCCUUUUUUGUAGUUCGUCCAAUGAAGUAUUUAUAAUUGAAAACUUGAAAAAAUCAAAGGGAAAAAGAAAACAUUUCUUUCUUGAA